AUGUGGGGGUGCUGCGGCGACCACAUUCCUUCCCCGGCAAACCGCACACGCGCCUCAGUUUCCCCGUUCGGGCAGGCUGACCCCCGAGGCCCCCAGCCCUGCCUCCCGGGUCUGAGCUGCUUUGCACCGUUACCUCCUAGAGACUUCGACGCGCUCAGGAAGGAGAACGUCUACGAGAACAACCAGCUGGCCUUCCGCGUGGCCGAGGAGCAGCUGGGCAUCCCGGCCCUGCUGGAGGCCGAGGACAUGGUGGCUCUGAAGGUGCCGGACCGGCUGAGCAUCCUGACCUACGUGUCGCAGUAUUACAACUACUUCCACGGCCGCUCGCCCAUUGGGGGCAUGGCCGGCGUGAAGAGGUCCCCGUCCGAGGCUGAGGAGGAGCCGUCCGGGAAGAAGGCCUCGCCCACGCCCGCCCGGGGGCUGCCGCUGUCUCCGGUCAGCACAAACACCAUGGUCCAGCGGAAGGACAGGGGUGCAGAGGGCCCCCCGCUGAAGGCUGUAAGCGCCAGCCCUGCCCGCCCUCUGGUUCUGGGCUCCUGUGGGGUCUGCGGCCGGCACGUGCACCUCGUGCAGCGGCACCUGGUGGACGGGAAGCUGUACCAUCGCAGCUGCUUCAGGUGGGGCCUGUGGGGGGGCCACGGCAGCGGCGCUGCGUCCGGAGCCCCCAGCACUGGGCUGGCCAGCAGGGCCCCAGCCGCAGCUGACGCGCCCUCCGAGGCCGACCGCAGGGAGCAAGCGCUGAGCUGUCUCCGGAAGGCCCUUCCCGGGUUCGGGGGCGCUCAGGCGCCAGGCAGGCUCUCCCCAGCCACUGCCUCUGCUUCCAACGGCCUUCCCAGAGCCGAAGGGCCACGAGCAGGUCCAUCGGCCAAGCUGCCACAGCCAGCGUCUCCCCCGGCCCUCAGCCCCCCGGCAAGGACUGAGCUGGCAGCCCCCCCGAGCGUGGGCACCACCGCACGGGCAUCCACGUCGCCCCAGGCGGGCAGGACGAGCUCAGCGGCAUCCUCAGGGGGAAGCCGGGCAGCUGCUGACUCCAGGCUGAAGCCAGAGGCCCCGCUGGCGAAGGGCCCGAGUGCUGGCUCCCAGAAGGACCAGGUGGACAGGCCGGCAGCAUGGAGGAGCCACCUGAAGCCCGUGGCGAAGAAGCAGCCGGCUGAGAGGGCCCCGGAGCUGAUGGAGCCGCGGGUCCUAGGGGAGCCGAGGGCAGGGGCUGUGCCCCAGAAGGUCCCUGGGAGUUCCGAGGGGGGCGUCUGCAUCACCCUGACCCCAGUGCGGCCCAACAGGACACCGGGCCCUGCUGGCCCCCAGUCCAGCCUCUCAGGUAGUUCCCAUCAGCCCUGCACCCCCUCUUCCCGCCUGGCCUUGAGCGGCCGCUGGCCCCGGGCUGUGCCGAGGAUCCUGCCCGCGCUGCUGGACGGGGCUGCCUGGCUGCGGGGUCGGGGCUCGGCUGACACUGCUGUCCCCACAGAGGCUCUGAAGUCCCCCCAGGACCGGCAGCGGGAGCAGGACCUGCUGACUCAGUACGUGAGCACCGUGAACGACCGCAGCGACAUCAUCGACUUCCUGGUCCGGGGCCUGCGGCCUGAGCUGAAGGACAUUGAGCAGAGGCCCGUGGCCAAGGCCUGGCUGUGCAGAAUCGGGGGCCGGGCAGGCAUCGGCUGCAGCAGGAAGGGGGUCGGGACAGAAGGUGGAGGGGCAGCCACGCGGGGAGCAGCCCUUCAAGGAACUGGUGGU